GUGCAACAUUCUAGGUCCCAGCAUCGAUGUGGUUGUGUACACUGACCAAUCCCAUUCGAUGUGUACAGUUCACUGGCCAAUCACAUCUCUGGUUACAUCGGCAGUCGUUUACAGAUUUUUCCUGAUGAUGGGAUCCUACAUUCUAUGUUUGUUUUUUCACUUAACUUUUGAAGACAAUUAUUAAUCAACAAAGACUACAAUGCCCAGCCUGCUACAGGACAUGUGGCCACGGAUGGCGGGAAGUUUUAGACUGCUGGUGACUGUGUUGCUGGUGCAGGCUGUUGUCCCUUCUGCCAGUGGCGUAGAAAUAGAUGCAGCAUCUUUUCAACUUCCUCCCCCUCCUUAUCUGACUGGAAGUCUAGAAACAAACAGCCUGCUGGUAGAUGCCGAGAGGGUGCAUGAAGGAGUUAUUGGUGCGCCUCACAGUUAUGUGGUUCAUGGCGACAAUAUUUACACGGUCACAUCCAGCGGUUUGGUGGUCAACGUUGCACCGUGUCGACCCCUGACCAUCGCCUCCCUCGCGCCAAGAGGAUGCCGGACGCCAAAAGAAUGCGGCCAUCUCAUCAGUAUUCGACUCAGUCCGGACAAAUUACUGCUGGUCUUGGAUGCUUACCGCGGACUUUUCGAAGUCAAUCCAAUAACAGGCGUGGUCCGGCAAAUGUUCGACUCAGGCACGUUCGUGAGUGGCCGAGCCAGCAUCUACCUGCACGACAUGGUCAGCCUACAGGACGGCACCAUCAUCAUCAGCGACUCCAGCCCCACCUACGACUACCUCAACGAUUUCUGGAUUCGCUUUGAAGGACGGCCGGACGGAAGACUGCUAGGAUUUAAUCCCAGCAACGGUCAAGCUAAGGAGAUUUUGUCUGGUCUCGCGUACCCCACGGGACUCGAACUCACGUCUGACAAACAGGCGCUGCUGGUGGCCGAGGCAGGGAGAGCCAGGAUCCUCAGGAUAGAACUCAGCAAAGAUAAAUUUUUCCAGAAGUCCAAUUUCAACGGAAACCUUCCCGGCAUGCCCGAGCACAUCCGGAGAUCAAACCGAGGCACGUACUGGGUGGGGCUGACGUACGCCAGGUUUCAUGGCGAGACGUCGGUCAUGGACCAGUACUCCAACAUGGCGUCGUCCAGAAAUUUUCUUGCAAGGCGCAGGACCAUGGAGCAGCUGCGGAUGAUGUACAACCAGCGAGGGCUGGCCGUGGAGAUGGACGAGGCGGGGCGAGUGCUGGCCAGCAUGCACGACUCUAUCGGCCUCAAGGUCAAGGACGUCCUGGAGGUCAUGGAACAUGAAGGUGUGGCUUAUGUGGGUACCCGAGGCCAGAAUGCCGUUAUUCGGGUCAUCAAGUCACAGAAUGACCUCACGAUCACAUCGGUUGUCCAGGUCCUGAGGGGCAGGUGUAAAAUACAAGAGGACAAAGUCAGCCUAGCUAAAUCAAACUUGGAGCAGCAAAUUUUAACGCGGAGAGGAGCGACAAGAGGGACGUUGGGAAACUUCCUGACUGCACCCACUCUAGAUCUCACAGUACAAUCAUACCAGACCCCUAAUAUUGCCACUGGACAAUCAUACCAGACCCCUAAUAUUGGCGCUGGACAAUCAUACCCGACCCCCAAUGUAGCGACUGGAUACGGAUUCGCUCAGCCUCAGAGACCUGCCGCUAAUGCCCAACCCCAGACUACGCCGAAUAGGCGACUGGACACGAUUCGCCAGGGUCUGGCCAAGCUUCACAGCACACUGUCUGCCGGACUGUCUAUCCCGCGACCCACGCAAAUGCCGACCGGACCCGGCAACUUACCACGGGUACUUCCCCAGCAAUACAACCAGUACAACUCAGGGUUUCCCAACCUACUUUCCAGGAACCAAUCAGUGCUCUUUGCCCAUUCAGAGGAUCCCUUUCUUCCAGCUGGCUUCCCGCCCAUUAAGUUCCCACUGGACGGCAAUAUCCCACAGAGUGACACGGGCAAGCGGCCGCCUGUCAACGCCGCAUCCCAGUCGUCUCCUCUGGUCGUGCACAAAAUGGAGAACGGAGAACUGGUCACCCACAUCCUUAUCGGCAAUGACUUUAAGCCACAGACACCCAAACCUACCCCGUCCUCGACCACCCCAGCCACGCAUACGACGCCGAUGAAUCUGGUAGAGGCGGCGCAAGUGGAGGCGAAGAUUGCUGGCGUGCACCACAUGGGGCAAAACGGGAUUCAACAUUUGACGCCACAUGAACCUCAGCACCUUCCCCACGACCCCAACUCUUCCUUUGGUCAUCCUCCCCCGGUGACCCACGACCCCCAUUCUUCCGUUGGUCACCCUCCCCCGGCGACCCGCGACCUCAACGCUUCCUUUGGUGGGUUUUUUGAGUUUUUGCAGGGAGCAGCCUCCAAAAAGAAUGAAGCACUAGCCACCACCCCAGGCGCCCCCUUGCCAGACCACGGCCCCCUCCUGGCUGACAGCCCCUACCUGCCCGUGGCAAACCCCAACGAGAUCUACAACAAAACACCGGACUUUGAUUCCAGUUUUGGAUUACAUAAUCUCGGUGCCAUCUCCGGGCACCAGCAACCAGUGACCGAUGCAGGUCACGGACCUUCUCAGAAAAGACCAGAGAGCAGCCUACAAGAUAUUUCUAACAAAACCCCAAUGGACCUCCAGCAGAUGCAGAUGUUUCACCCUUCAGAUCGUCCCGACGCUUCAGUACUCAACCAAGCCCGCACAAAGGCCCAAAGUCCAUUGGACCCGACCAAAACCUCUUUUCUAAAGCAAGGACUUCGAAUGUUGCAGCAGUACUUUAAACAGAACAAACCAACCAAUGGCGCCGCACAGUCGCCUGCACAGCAUACCAAUCAAGCAGCUGACAUUGGAGUUACUAAUUCCACAAAAACCCCAAAUAACACACACACCACAGAGCCUGUGCCCCCGGUAACCACGGUAACCCCGACUUCCACGAGUCGUCCUGAAAGCACGACUCUAGCGCUGCCGCAAGAGAAAGACAUGUUCUCCCAGAUGGAAGAGAUAAGUCAGGUGUCCGCUAAUGAUGUCAUCAAAUCUCAACAGCUUGCAUCGUUUUCUGGGGCCGCCACCAUCCACCCCAACCAGCCCCUCAAUGAGGUGGCCAACACGUAUGAACAUCCCCAUUUUAAAACCUCCAACCCGGCUGCUGCAAGUGAUCCAUCUUUGGCAUCUGGUAGUACAGCGGCCCAACCAAUGCUGGAUGCUGGUCCUAGUGGAGCCACGGAUGAGAGCAACUUCAUCAAGAUCGUCCAAGGUCCGGGGAAAUACAUUCUCAUCCCUCUAACACGGAGCACCCUACUGCAGGCGCUCAGCGGCUUGCCUCUAGGCUCGUUAGACACAACUCUAUCUGGCCAAACACAGGGCCAACCGACACAGGGCCAACCGACACAGGGCCAACCGACACAGGGCCAACCGACACAGGGCCAACCGACACAGGGCCAACCGACACAGGGCCAGCCGACACAGGGCCAGCCGACACAGGGCCAACCGACACAGGGCCAACCGACACAGGGCCAACCGACACAGGGCCAACCGACACAGGGCCAACCGACACAGGGCCAACCGACACAGGGCCAACCGACACAGGGCCAACCGACACAGGGCCAACCGACACAGGGCCAGCCGACACAGGGCCAACCGAUACAGUCACAGGCUUAUUAUAGCCCCAUGCAGCAACAGUGGCAACCCCAAGGACCAACACAGAACUAUUUCCCGCAAACUUCUCAACAAAGCUGGAACAACCCACAAACACGGGCACCUUACAGUGGUGGGCCGCAGCCUUACAGUAGUGGGCCGCAGCCUUACAGUGGUGGGCCGCAGCCUUACAGUGGUGGGCCGCAGACCAACUGGGGCCCCCCUCAACCUACUUCCCCUUCAUCCACAGCUGGGUGGACCGGUGGUAACGAGCUACAGGGCUGGGCCACGCGUUCCUCCCCAGCAGUUCAGUCAAACUGGCCAACACAGCCCACACAACCAGGCAGUAGCCAGUCUUCAGCUUACCGCGCACCUGAACCGACUGGUGUUCCAAACCAAACUUGGAUGCAAACAUCAGCACUAAGUCAACCAUGGCCGACAAACAGCCCACUUCAACAAAUGUGGCCGACAAACAUUCCACCCCAGCAAACAUGGCCGACGCCCGGAAACAACUGGCCCCCUGGCUAUGCUCCGACUUGGCAAGGAAGCAACCCACCUCCUCAAACCUGGCCACCAGCUAGCACCUCACAACAAACCUGGCCGUCGCCCAACACACCGCAGGCAUACCAACAAACCUGGGGGCCACAAGUAACCCCAACACAGUCGAGUUCUCAGCAAACAAUUCAAACAAUGGCGCCCACACUCAGUUCCAAUUGGAACAGUAACCCGACUCAAGAAACUUGGAACCCGAGCAGAACCCCACCUCAACCCUGGCCCACCAGCUCAGGCCAACAGUCGGCUGCUGGCUCACAUGCUAAUGGAACCACUGCAGCCGAUGUGGGUUCUGCUCAGUCUAAAAACGCCACCGCAAUUGAGACAUCAGCGAACAAUCAGGACACAGCUUACGUCACUGAAUGGCAGAGCACGGUGUAGGUUGAUGACUGGGGCUGAGAAAAUUGUACAUACACAAUCUUUUUCAUGUUUAACAUAUGUGUGAGCUCUUUGUGAAUAAAAGCAUUUG